UGAAAUAUUCGUGUUGUUGCGCUGUGUUUGUCUUCUAUAUUAUAAUGCCCGUAUACGUCCGUCCGUCCGUCCGUCUGUCUGUCUAUCACGCAAAAUGGUAGCUUAGCUGAGCAGGUAGCAAGACGCACGCAAUGCGGUAUAAAAAGGACGGGCGAACCCGUGGAUUUUUCCACGGGCUAACGACUAGUUGUUAUAAAAUGUCUGAAGAUUGUCCCUUAUCGUUGCGCAGCAUCUGCUGGUGCAUGCUCGUUUGAAAAAAUGGCAAAUUUUGGUGUUACGUAAUUAUUGAAUGGCCCCUAAUUAUACCCAUGAUAUCAUCUAAUCUGCUGAAAGAUUUAGUUAUUUGAAUUAAUAAGUAGAUGGUAAUUUUGUUUGUUGCCAAAUUAAAAUUUGCGAUAACACUCUUUCUGUGCAGAACGAACGAAUGAACGAGUGAGUGAACGAACGAACGAACGAACAAAUGAAAAUAUGAUUUUUAUACAUUCUGCAUUUGUUUUUUUCUUUAGACAAAUAAAUAAAUCAAUAAACCAUGCGCUCCAUCUCACUUGUUCAGAAAGUAGAGUUUGACAGCAAGGGCACUGUGUUUCAAAACGCUGUAUGUUUAGUAGACGUCGAUAACGAUGGCCACAAUGAACUAUGUGUUGCGUAUACUAACGGUGAUCUGUUCGUGUUUAAAGGUAUCCGCUCCACCAAAGCAUGGAAGGUCAACAAAAAUAUGGGUUCUAUUGUUGUCUUAUGCGGUGGUGCCGUGCGAGAGGAGCACGAAAAUGUUUUGUGUUCCCUAGAUACGGAAGGCACGUGUCGUCUCUUUGAUGCACGUGAUGUGAAAGACUGUGAAACAAGCAAUUAUAAAUCUCCAAAUCGCGCGUCUUCGUCUCGUGCAGGGGAGCUCCGCUUGGUUCAUCAUCAGAAGUUAUCACCAAACGCAAAGGUUGCCAUGUUGGAAGAUAUUGAUGAUGAUGGAAUGGCAGAGCUUAUAGUGGGAUACACUGAUCGUCAUGUGAGGAUAUAUAAAUGGCAGACUGGAGAGGAAGAAGUGUGCGUUUCUUCUCAUGCAAACCCACUUGUUAAACAUGGUUCGAAAGAAGAAGGAGAGCGAAAAUCGAACAAGAGUUCAUUGAGCAAGCAGAGUUCAAAAGAAGAAGGAGAGCGGAAAUCGAACAAAAGUUCAUUGAGCAAACAGGGUUCGAAAGAAGAAGGAGAGCGAAAAUCAAACAAAAGCUCGUUGAUUAAGCAGGGUUCGAAAGAAGAUGGGGAUAAAAAGGCGGCUUUGUCUUUCACUUUAUCAGUAUCAAAAGAUAAGUUGAAUCCAUCGUCUGUUCCAAACUCGGACUCGCAUCAGGUUGGCAGUAGUACUAAAGCACAUUUGGAAAGACCAUCUUCAUCCAACAGCAUGCAUGCUGCAGGAAGUUUCGUAUUAAUAAAGCAGUAUUCAUUAUUAGCUCAAGUGGGCUCCAUCGCAGUGUGCAAAACAGUGGAAGGAAGAAAUCAACUUAUUGUGUCUCAACCAAAUGGAGGAUAUUGCAUUCUGGGAGUGUAUGAUGAAGAGCGAGGAUUUUCAGACGCCAGUGAAACGCCUACAAGUAUCGAUUCUCCCAACAUGCACAUAUCGGAAUCAUACCCGUCAUUUUUUCCGAUUAUGUCAAAAGCUUACCGUCAAAGUGCGCAUGUUAACACAGAGAUUGUUGGAGGAAUCAAACGACAAGAAGAUAUAACCGGCGUGAUUGGACUUUGUACACAAGAUGGAAAUUUUAUUACUCUCGAUAAUACAGCUUCUGGUCUCGAUGUGACAACUUCGAUGAAUCCUGUAAAAAACCGCUCGCCUCAUCGUUGGUUUAGCAUGUCAAAACUCGAUAUCACUAACGACGGCGACGACGAAAUAGUGUUGUGUGCUUUGAACGGCAUGACGUAUAUUAUUGACAAAAAACGCGACAUAGUCAGUUUUAAUUUUAACGAGAGUGUCGCUGCUUUUACGGCAGGAUAUUACGGCCUGGAACACGCAACCUCGACACCAUGUUUAUGUUACGUAACUUUAAGCGGAAAAAUCUUCCUCUAUUAUAACGUAUGGAUUAAUACAAUGAAAGUUAAAUGUGUGCACGGUGCUUUAAUCGAAAAAAUUCAACAACGAGAAGAUUUGAAAUAUAUUUUAGACAUGUUUAAAUUGCAGAAUGGUGAAAUUGAUCACCAGAAAAUACAGAACGUUGUGAAACAUUUAUGGUCAGAAAACGAUAAAAGAUAAAAGUGAUCGCGGAUUAUUUCCCACUUGAUUGUAAAAACGCUCUUUUAAGCUUGUGCCCAGUAAUUGUUUUCUUUGGUGAAUAUCGAUUAUUUGAAUGUAGAAAAAUUUCGCGAAUUCGCAAAUUUUGGGUAUCUUUACAAAGGCUUAUUUGCAGAAGCAAAUAUUAAAAGUGUAUAUUAAAAAUAAUCUAAGAAAGAAAUUUUAUUGUUUUAAUACAGUGAAACGUCGGAUUCUUGACGAGGUGAGCUGGACGUCGAACUGUAUCUGAGCUUGAGUAGUUAUGUUUGGUUUGAAAAUUUAAAAAGUUCAACUUUUUUAGCUACUAAAUUUCGCUGUAAACUUUUACUCAAUCAGAUAGUGUUUUUGUAUUUGGAAAAUUAAUUUCAGGAAAGAAUUUGAAUAACUGUUUUGUUUUUAAAACUUGAUGCGCAAAAAAUAUAUUUCGCGGAUAUUUCGCAAA